GCUCACUCCACCAAAAACACAAACCCCAAAUACACAAUGUCCUGGCAAGCGUACGUCGACACCAACCUCCUUGGCACCAAGCUCGUCUCCAAGGCCGCCAUCCACGGCCUCGACGGCAACCCGUGGGCCACCUCUGCCGGCUUCAAGGUCGACAAGGCUGAGGCUGCUGCCCUCGUCGCUGCUAUCGGCAAGAAGGAGCCCAGCGACCUCUACGCUUCCGGCAUCAAGCUUGGCGGCCAAAAGUUCACUUUCCUCCGCCACGAGCAGAACCGCUCGGUCUACGGCCGCAAGGGCGCUGACUCUGGCUGCUGCGUCGUCAAGACCAAGCAGGCCAUCGUUAUCGGUGUCUUCGAAGGUGGCAUCCAGCCCGGCCAGUGCAACUCUGUUGUCGAGCGUCUUGCUGACUACCUCAUUGAGAACCAAUACUAAGCUGCUUUCAUGAGGAUCCCAGCAACCAUUGUUUGAGCGCCCCCCUGAUUUGCCUGCGGUUUUUUUUCAUCUGUCCGUUUUUGUUGCUUGCCAAUUGAAAAUGAACGGAUUUGUCCAUUUAUCACAUUCUCUUGAGCA